CCUGGCCCCGCCGUCACUGGCCAUGGGUCGCUCCCGUCGGACGGGUGCUCACCGAACCCACUCCCUGGCCCGCCAGAUGAAGGCGAAGCGGCGGCAGCCGGACCUGGACGAAAUUCACCGCGAGCUGCGGCCCCAGGUUCCCGCACGGUCUCGUCCAGACCUGGGCUCCGAGCCCGACCCCGACCUGCCAGGGGGCGGCCUGCAUCGCUGUCUGGCCUGCGCGCUAAAGCAGCUGAGCGUGGAGCCCUACAGUCAGGAGGAGGCCGAAAGGGCAGCGGGUAUGGGCUCUUAUGUGCCCCCCCAGCGGCUGGCCGUGCCCACAGAAGUAUCCACUGAGGCCCCCGAGAUGGACACAUCUCCCUGACAUGGCCUGAGGAUGUAGGGUAGGGGAACUGCCCAUGGACAGUGGUGCAAGGGCUAGGCUGGCAAAGACUGUGCCAACCUAUU